AUGGUCCUGGUCGCCAUUUUCGCCGACGUCCUGGCCCGGUACGACCCCUUCGACAUGACCGAAGCCGCCCUGGCGCCCGUCAGUUGGGAGCACUGGUUCGGCACCGACCCCUUUGGCCGCGACAUCUGGUCGCGGGUGGUGCACGGCGCCCGGCGGGCCAUGGUCAUCAGCGUCUCCGCCGUGGUGCUGGGCAUCCUGCUCGGCGUGCCGCUUGGCGCCGUGUCCGGUUAUUACGGCACCACCACCGACAACAUCAUCAUGCGCCUCGUCGAUGCCUGGCUGGCGAUCCCCGGCAUUCUGUUCUUCCUCCUGGUCGUGGCCAUCUUCGGCGGCAGCGAUCUGGUGCUCAUCAUGGCGCUGGGGGUCGCCCAGGUGCCGCUGCUGGCGCGGCUGGUACGCGGCAGCGUGUUGUCCGAGAAGGUGAAGGAAUACGUCGAGGCGUCGCACAUCAUCGGCGAUUCCAACCUCAACAUCACCUUUCGGCAAAUUCUCCCCAAUUGCCUGUCGCCCAUUAUCGUGCAGGCCAGCGUAUCCGUCGGCUUCCUGAUCAUCGUCGAGGCCGGCCUGGCAUUCCUGGGCCUCGGUGCGCAGCCGCCCACCCCGGCGUGGGGCGCCGACCUGAACGAGGCGAAGAAUUUCAUGGAAACCUACCCGCUGCUGACCGUCUUUCCGGGCCUGGCGCUGUCGCUCACCGUUCUGGGAUUCAACCUGUUCGGCGACGGUCUGCGGGACAUCCUCGAUCCCCGCCAAGUCGAGCAAUAG